AUGGAGGUGCGGCCGCCAGCGCCACAGAGCUACUUCUGCCGGGCGCUGUGUCCUUUCCCUCGGGUUUUUGCUGCGGGAGCUGUGGCUGCCGAUUCGGAGAACCAGAAGCUGUCUUCCUACGUCCCAGAGCCUGAUUACCUGGAAUCCGGAUGGGACCGCCUCCGGGACCUGUUUGUCAAAGAUGAACAGCAGAGAACUUCAAAGGAACUUGAGAAUAUUUAUAAGGCGGCUAUUUCAGCAGGCAUCAUUGGCUGGGCAUAUGGAGGAAUACCAGCUUUUAUCCAUGCUAAACAGCACUAUGUUGAGCAGAGCCAAGCAGAAGUUUAUCAUAGCCGGUUUGAUGCUGUGCAAUCUGCACAUCGUGCUGCCACACGAGGCUUCAUCCGGUAUGGCUGGCGCUGGAGUUGGAGAACUACAGUGUUUGUGACUAUAUUCAACACAGUGAAUACUGGGCUAAAUGUGUACCGAAAUAAAAAUGCCCUAAGCCAUUUUGUCAUUGCAGGAGCUGUCACAGGAAGCCUUUUUAGAAUAAACUUAGGCCUGCGUGGUCUGGUGGCUGGUGGCAUAAUUGGAGCCUUGCUAGGCACUCCUGUAGGAAGUCUGUUGAUGGCAUUUCAGAAGUUCUACGGGGAGACUGUCCAAGAGAGAACACAGAAGGAUCGCAAAGCACUCCAUGAGCUGAAAUUGGAAGAGAGUAAAGCCAGACUGCAAUUUACUGAACUCCUCCCUGAAGAAAUUGAAAGUAGCUUACAGAAAAAUCGAUCCAAAGAUGAUGUUAAGAAAAUUGAAGCACUACUAAAUCUUCCUAGAAACCCUUCAUCAACAACUAAACAAGACAAAGACUGA